CGGUUAUUGUAAACCACGUGAGGCAAUUUCGAGCCGCCAGCGUCCAAGAAUACUUUCCAGCGACUCUCCGACCGGCUAGACACACCAGUAAUCUAGCGCGCACGCCCGCGCAACACCCGGGGCCGCCAGAGGCGUCGAAAACCGGCCGGGAGCAGAUACAUACCUAGCAUCUUCAUCGCCGACAUGGGAGUAGCAGGAACACCUAGCCCGGGGGGCGGGGCCCCGCGUGCCUCGUCGCCGCCGGCUUCCUCCCGCUGCCCCCCGCUCCCGCUCGAGAUAUGGACACAGAUCAUGCGCGCGGUCGUGCAUUGCGAGGACCUGCCGGAGCUGUGGCCAUGCCUACGGCUGGCGUCGCACGUGCUCAAGGCGGCCGUCGAAACUGCCUUCGCCGACGAGCACCUCGCGCGCGUGUUCGGGUGUCUCUACGUCGGCGACCCGCGCGGGCCAGGCGAUCUGCCGCGGCCCACCGCCCUCCCCGGCGUGCGGCGCAUCGUGCCGCUGCCACUGGCCCUCGCCCGCCUCUCGCCCGACCGCCGUCGCGCCCGCUUCGUCAGCGCCAUGCACCGCGACGACCCCGCCCUCGCCUUCUCCCCCGCCUUCGCCGACUGCACCGACGACACCGCCGUCGCCGAGUGGCUGCGCUACGCCCGCGGUCCCCCGCCCUCCGGCUCCGCCUCCUUCUCCUUCCCUCCUCCCGCCUCGACUCGCCACUGCGAGGCCCACUUGCGCCUCAACAUCGGCCCCGACUGCGCCUGGUCCCACUGGAAGCACCACGUCAUCGGCCCCGACGGCUUCGUCGUCGAGUCGCGCCGCGUCGCCUUUGAAGACGAAGCUGGCGGUGCCGGCUGUGCAGACGGACAGCAAAAGGGAGGAGCUGAGGGCGGGCAGGAGGCGGAGAAGAGAACCCCACCACCUGUACCGGCACGCGCUAUCGGCCUCGUCGUCGACCGCACAAGGUGCGAGGUCGAGCUUGACUGGGUUACGCUAGUCAGCUGCGUGUUCGCGAGGCCACCACGGCAGGACCUUUGAGCGCGCUUAGUCGCAGCUGAGUGGUU